AUGACAUUGGUACGAAAAAGGAUUGGGUAUCAACUGGAAAUCGCUGAUACAUUUGGUUACCCGACGCUUGAAGCUCUGGCUAAUUACAUUGCUGAUCAAUUAGAUGAGAAUGACGAGACUGUGGAGUCUAAUGAGCAAUGGGUAAACAUUCCAACUCCUACCAGUCUGUCGGAUAUUGAUGAAUCGGAAUGUGCUCGGACGCUGUUAAUGUUCCCUGGACAAGGUGCUCAAAAACCUGGUAUGUGUGAAUCCAUGAAAUAUAGUUCUUCAGCAAAAGCAUUAUUUGCUCGAGCAGAGAAGAUUAUUGGUUACAAUAUUUUUGAAAUAUGCAUGAAUAAUAACGACGAAACCGCAGCAAAACUCAAAUCAACGGAAUUUGUACAAGUAGUAUUGCUGGUUGGAUGUCUUGCUAAAAUCGAACAGUUGAAAGAGGAAAACCCUAAUGUUCUUCAUAAUGUUACCCACGUAUCUGGACUAAGUGUUGGAGAAUUCGCUGCUCUUGUGUAUGCCGAGGUCAUAAGCUUCGAAAAUGCUGUUCGUGUCAUCCAAAUUAGAGGGCGAGCGAUGGAAAACGAAGUGAAGCAAUCUGCUACAGGUAUGGUUAGCGUAUUUGGACCCAGUUGUGAAACACUGUGUCAGUUCCUAGCUAAACACUACCCAAAUAUGAAGAUUUCCACUUACCUUGCGGACAAUCAGCACACAAUUGCUGGAACAGCUGAUGAAGUUGAGAGUCUUGUGAAUGAUCUCUCGACUGUCCACAAAGAAGAACUGGGAGUGAUUGACGCUAGACGUUUAAGAGUUGCUGGUGGCUUCCAUUCCUCGUAUAUGGAGAAUGCAUCGAAAAUCGUUGAUCCCGUGAUUAAGUCCAUAAAGUUUUCCGAACCAACUACUACUCUGAUUAUGAAUGUUACUGGUGGUAUUGAACAGGAUCCACGAGUUAUCAAAGAACUAUUAUGUGAACAAUUGGUAGCUCCUGUUCAGUGGAAGCAAUCUGUGUUAACAGCUUACGAAGCUGGUGUGACAAACUUUAUAGAAGUUGCCCCAGCGCGUGUUCUCUCGUCUAUUGUCAAGAACCGAAUAUCUACUGUUAAAAAGUGUAAUUGUGAAUUGAUAGUAGUUUAA